AUGUCACUGCUCGCCGCCAGCACACGAGCGCCGCGGCGCAUACUGGCCACGGAACUAUGCGGUCUUUACAGUCAACGACGGACGGCAUCUACAGGGAAAAUGGCCCCUUCUCAGCGCUGGAAAGAAAGGGCCAAACGACCAGUCGCGCUGGGCCCCGAAAGAGAGGCUGCGUUGACAAGAAAACAGACCGAGAAAGUCGACAUUGCACAACGGGUCAAGUCAUUGCCAGACUUGACGCCCCAAGAAAGAGCUAUUGAAUGCCGCACCACCACGCAAGCCGCUGCGGAUAUGACCCGAGAGCAAGCCAAUUUCCUAGCUUUCUGGCGCAUGAACAUGGAAGACGGCAUGUCUCCCCUACAGAGUGCUAGAUCUUGUCUUGAAUGGCUCAGCCCCUUGACGCUCGACGAUGUCUACGGUCUCACCUUUAUUUUGCGUAACAAGGGAAGUGUGGGAUGUGCAAAGACUGGUCGACAGCUGGUCAGUCUAUGUGCUGAGCUCGGUCAUGCCGAGGCCACUAUUCAGGUCGUCGCCUCUGCUUUGCGCCAGGAUGCGACAAAACCCGGCGUCAUGGCAUCUCGUACCGCUGUGAUGGCACUGGACCGUCUACGUAAGGUUUCGAGUACGGGUAACGUGCGCGCCCUAGUCAUGGAGGCCAAUGUAGCCCGCAAUGCCCGCCAAGUCGAUCGAGCAGCCACUCUAUACCAAAAGGCUCUCGACGUCAUGUCUACAGACGACGGCACACAGUCAGGCGACAAGUACAGCAAGAUAAAAGACGAACUCUCAUCUCCUUGGAUCGAGCUAGCCUAUCUUUACCAUACCCAGGGCCAGUACGUCGCAGCCUUGAAAGCCUAUCAAGCAGGCACAGAGCGAGAUGACCCAAUGGCCUACUUCAACCUCGCCCGUCUCGAUCUUUACAUGGCCGGUAAUCAGCACACCCACGACUGGCUCUAUAACAUCACCAAAGCCGCCGCCAGCGGCUACUACAAAGCCGCCCACGAGCUAGGCGAAUACUACGCAAACUCGGCCACCAACCCCUCGAUACCGCAACAAUCCUUCCUAGACAAACUCGCAGAUUUUGGCGCCUUCCUCUACAAGCAGAAUGUCAAUCUGAAUCCAAAAGCAAAUAUAGCACACCACGAUGCAUUCGCAAACACUCCCGAGCUGCGCAUCAAACUCGCGCACCAAUGGCUGUUGACAGCUCGCAAAAACUACUAUUUGCCGGCAGACAUCACGCUGGCCGAACUGUACCUGCAAAAGUUCAUUUACCCCGAGGGAACACUCUCGAAACCACUGGACCCAUACGGCCACAGCACAGACGAAGACCGUAUCGACAAUCCGUUAUACAGCCCUGACAAAGCACAAGUCGUGUUGACCGAGGUUCUGACAGCGUGCCUCAAGAUUGCAGAAGCAAAGAGCAUUAGCACGACUAAUGCCGAAUACCUACAUCUGGCGCGACCUUGGAGUCUGCACGCCGAAGUACUCGAAGCAGUAGAGGGCGACGAACUUCUACAACAAUUGAAAGAUAGUGCGGAGAUGAUAGCCGAUGCGGCCGGUAUUGAUAUCUACAGUACUCCAGAACUACCGAAGGGUAUUCCUCAUCUGGGCUUCUUGAGAUACCACAAAGGCACACGGGGUGAGGGUCUUAAGGAGAAAGAGGAGGAAUAA